ACCAUCAUCAGCUGAUACAAGUUCACGAUGAUGAUUGUGUUUUUUUUUUUCAUUAUUUAAGUCAAAGAAAAUUAAUUAAAAUUGAUCGAAAAUGUCAGUUGUUGCAUUUGAUGUAAUGACAUCUUGUCGAAUCAUUCUGACGAAUGACAUGUACAGUCAUUGAUGUAUCAACUUGUCGCGAAAAAAUUUUUAAAAAAAUAAAAAGACUUCAUUUAAAACUUAUUUGUGUCAAGCUAUUAUUGUUGUUGUUGUUUUUUUAUUCUUUUUGCGUGUCAACAAUUCAAUUCAAUUCGUUUUUUUUUUUUUUUCGAUUGUGUAUAGGUCGCCUGGCCAACGGAUUUUGUCACGCAAAUGAAUAAAUAAAUUUAAUAACAAUAUUACACAAUCUAAUAAGCAUGGGGAACGUUAUAUGUAGUUCUGAAAAUAAUGAUGAAUUAAUUGAUGCACUUAGAAUUCUAGGAUACAUAAAAACAAAAACAGUUGAACGAGUAUUUCGAGCUGUUGAUAGAGGUGAUUAUGUAUUUCCAUCACAUCGAGAUGUUGCAUACAAAGAUUUAUCAUGGAAAGUUGGUAAUAUACAUCUUUCAGCACCAUGUGUUUAUAGCAAAGUCAUGGAAGGUCUUUCACUUGAGCCUGGAUUAAGUUUUCUAAAUUUAGGAUCAGGCACUGGAUAUUUAUCAACUAUGGUUGGAUUAAUACUCAAUCAUCAUGGUACUAAUCAUGGUGUAGAAAUAAAUAAAGAUUGUCUUGAUUAUGCUUAUGAAAAACUUGAUGAAUUUAAACAAAAAUCAUUGGCUCUAGAUGAAUUUGAUUUUUGUGAGCCAGUUUUUAUUCAUGGAAGUUGUUUAAAUUUGGAACAAAAUCGUCAAUAUGAUCGUGUAUAUUGUGGUGCAGCAUGUCCAGAAAAUUUUGAAUUAUUUAUCAAGCAAUUUGUUAAAAUUGGUGGUAUAUUAGUUAUGCCAUAUAAAGAUCAUCUUUUAAGAAUUGAAAGAAUUGAUGAAGAUAAUUGGAAACACAAAGCAAUGCUACCAGUUUCAUUUGCAACAUUAAUUCUACCAAAAAUUGAUGAUCAAUCAUCACUUCAACAAUUACCUUAUUCACAGCCACUAUCAUUGCAAGAACUUUGUCGUUGUAGUAUACGUAAUAAAUUACGUAAAUCUAUAUGGUUAGAACAUCCAGAAUUAGAAACAAAAGAUCCAAUAAAAUCAGGUGUAAAUAAAACACAACCACAACGUUCAUAUCCACAUUAUGUUGUUCCACUUUAUGAAAAUUAUGAAAGACCAGAUUCAACACUGAGUGAUGAUGAACAUGAUCAAGCUAGUCAAACACAUCUUUUACUUUAUGUUGAUGCACAUCCAGAUGAAGAUGUUACAACUUUACAAGUUGUUAGAGCUAUGGCACCAUCAAGAUCAUCAACUAAUGAUAAUAAUUUAACCACUACAACAUCAACAACAACAACAACAUCAUCAACAACAGCAACAACAACAACAACAAGACAAUGUAAUUCUGAUUAUUUUAAUGUUAUUGACAGUGAUGUUGAUGAUGAUUCAUUGGAUUCAAUUGAACCAAGACAACAAAAAUCAAGAAAUUGUCAAUUAACUAAAACUAAAAAUCGUAAAUUUAUAUAUUCAUUGAGUGAUGAUAGUGAUGAUGAAGAAGAAAGUCCAAAUGAUACACCUAAAAAAUCAAGAAUGCUAGAUGAUCAUGGUUAUCUUAAAUUAGACAAUGAUUCAGUACGUAUUACAAAUGAAUAUAUUCAAACAACGCAAAAUGAUGAUACAUCACCAAUUGAUGAAACAACAGACAGAUUAAAUGAUAAUACAGAUAAAAUUGAGUCUGAUAAUUCUUUAAAUGAUACAAAUAAUAUAAAAUGUAAUAAUAUUAAUAAUUUACAUGAACAAUAUGAAUCAAUUGCUGGCCAAUCAAAUACAAAUAAUACAACAAUAAAUAAUGAUAAAAAAAAAAGAAUAUUAUUAUCUGUUAAUUCAAGUUUUAAUGACAGUGAAGAUGAUCAUGAUGAUUAUGAUAAAAAAGAUGAAUUAUUAAAUAAAAUUAUAAAUAAUGAUAUUAAAAAUUCAUGGAAUGAUAGUGAUGAUGAGGGUAGUUGUCCAUUAAUGGAUUGGUCAACAAGUACAAUAAAACCACAAACAAAAUGGGGUAUACCUGAGGGUAUGUGUAAUAAUGAUGUUAAUUCAUGUACAUCAACAAAUUCAAUAACACGUACACCACAAAUAUUUUCACACAAUGUUGAUAUUAAUGCAUUUUCUUAUCAUAUGAAAAAUAAAAUAUCACAGCUACCAUUACCAAUGUCAUUACGACUGUAUAUAAAUUAUAAUAGAGUUCUGUAAAAUAAUUGUUUAAAAUAUUUAAUCAAAGAGUUAUAUAGAUAAAAAAAUAUGUAUAAAUUAUUAUAGAAGAUAAAUGAUAAUAUAUAUGAAUAAAAUAUUUAUCAAAUAAAUUUUAUUUUAUUCAUU